GCAGAGCUGUUGAACGCCAAUCAGCGCCUUCAAGCCCUGAAGACUAUGGAGACCGUGUCCGAAUGCACCGACGAAGAAAAAGGCUCGGGCGCCUUUGGUGCCUCGAAGAGCAUGCAGGACGACGAGGAUGACGAGCCCAGCUCAUCGCCUCAGGAUCAGAAAGCCAGCCAGCAGGGCUUUCUGAUCCACUCCACCACGAAGCCGUCUUCGAUGGCAGAGAUGUGCGAUGACAAGCCUCCCUCCAUGGAACCAUCGGCGGCGCAGGCCCCAAAGCGUCCGUCCACCCGCUCGGAGCGCGACGCGAAGUCGAAGUCGGAGCGCCCACGCAGACCCAGCGACCGCGGCAGGUCGCCAAAGGAGUCGCCCCAGGUGACCAAGUCUCCGUCCAACAUCUCGCAGAAUUCGAACAUGUCGGACGUGAACUCGGACUACUCGGCCUGCGAGUCCGCCUAUUCCGAUGGCAGCUACGCCUCCUGCACGUUUGAAGCGGAUUGGGACGACGAUAACGACAAGCGCAAAAG